GGCAAUGGGAGAGGGAGGACGCCGCUGCGGAGAGGAAGAGGGUUUAUCCCACACUUGUGCAAGGCAGGGCAGAUUGUAGUAGGCGCAGGGACCAGUGUGCGCAGUUUGUGUAUGGAGGGAAGAUGCGUGUGCUUGUUGCUCGCCGGAUGGAGAGAGGUGGAGAAGAGAGAAUGAGUUUCCAACGCAGCUAACAAUCAUCGCUGUGCGCACUUUUACGCAAUUGAAUCCAUCCUCUUGUGGAGACGCGUUUUCAUCUUUCAUUCCAAUUUGUGCAUUCUUAAUUGCUUAUUGGUUUUUAAUUGGAUCUUUUUUUUUUUUUUAGAUUUUUCCUUUUUUCUUUCUUUUUUUUUUUGGAGGGGUGGUUGUUGGAUUGUGGAAUCUUGGGUGUGCGCACAGCCACUUUCUUCUAUGCGCCUUUAUCUUGAACCUCACACCUGGAUCGGAGCGCACGGAGCUGGGCUCCCUCAUGUUCAACGCCAGGCAGAGGUCCGACACGGGGGGACGGCUGCGCUUCUGCUGCUGCUGAGGCCCCGCGCGGUCCACCUCCGCUCGCACUCCAAAGGCGGGAGACGCAAUACUUGUGGAUCAUAUACUACACUGCCUCCCGCUGCAGCACAAGACAAUCAGCUGCAGGAAGAAGCUCCAAACCAUCCUCCUCUUCUUCAUCCCUGGAUUGUGUGAGAGAGAGUCGGAGUAAAAAAAAAAAAAAAAAAGAAAAGAAAUGCAAGCCUGCCCUCUUCUUUCAUUACAAAUGACUUGUUGAAGAAAUACCAGAAAGCCAUUUAAGGAGAAAGAGUGCAGGGAGAGAAGCAGAAAAAAGCCUAAGCUUGGAUAUUGAAAGGAGCGGGGCAUGUGGAUAUUGGCUCUUAUCUUUUCCCAGUGCAUCUUGAAUGUUUUCUGUGAAGAUCUACGUUCCAGCUUAUAUUUUGUCAAUGCAUCUGUGCAAGAGGUAGUGUUCGCCAGCACCACAGGGACGUCGGUGCCCUGUCCCGCAGUAGGUGUGCCACCUGUCUCACUGCGCUGGUAUCUGGCCACGGGUGAGGAGAUCUAUGAUGUGCCAGGGAUCCGCCAUGUGCACUCCAAUGGCACCCUUCAGAUCUUCCACAUCCCUCCUUCCAGUUUCAGCAAACUCAUCCAUGAUAACACCUACUAUUGCACAGCGGAGAACCCCUCAGGGAGAAUCAGGAGCCAAGAUGUCCACAUUAAGGCUGUCCUCCGGGAACCCUACACUGUUCGGGUGGAGGACCAGAAAGCCAUGAGAGGCAAUGUGGCUGUCUUCAAGUGCAUUAUCCCUGCCUCAGUGGAGGCCUACAUCACCGUUGUGUCCUGGGAGAAAGACACAAUGUCAAUUAAUGCUGAAAUGUCACGGUUUCUCAUCACAUCGACGGGAGCCCUGUAUAUCCUGGAUGUCCAAAUGGAAGAUGGACUAUACAACUACAGGUGUAUGACACGCCAUCGGUACACAGGGGAGACCCGACAGAGCAAUAGCGCCCGACUCAUUGUUUCAGAUCCCACCAACUCAGCCCCACACAUCCUGGACAGCUUCGAACGGCGUGAGGUGAUGGCGUCUCACCGAGUGGAGUUGCCGUGCAAGGCCUCGGGUCACCCUGCACCCAAGUACCGCUGGCUGAAGGACAACCGGCCCCUGGAGCCCGACACGAGAUACCGACAAAGUGUCACGGGGUUGCUGAUAGAAAGAGCCCAACCUAGCGACACAGGCACAUAUGUCUGUGAGGUAUGGAACGGCUACGGCAAUGCUGAGGUGGUCGGCAGGCUUCUGGUGAAAGAGACCCUGAAAGUUGUGGUGAGCCCACGAAAGGUGAAGGGCAGUGUUGGCAGCCAGGUUUCACUCUCCUGCGGUGUAAGCGGGUCUGAAGAGUACCAGUUGUCUUGGUACCGCAAUGGCGAGCUCAUCUAUCCCAGUAACAGCGUUCGAAUGACGGGCCAAAACAGGGAAAACCUAGUCAUGGCUGGGAUGGCCAAAAGCGAUGGAGGUGCCUAUCAGUGCUUUGCCAGACAUGGCAAGAUGUCCGCCCAGGACUUUGUUCAGGUCGUUUUAGAAGACGGUACACCAAAGAUUCUGGCUUCAUUUAGCGAGAAGGUCUACAACAUCAAUGAAUUUGUGUCACUAUCAUGCACGGUGAAGGGCACUCCAGAACCCAGGGUGACCUGGACUCUGGAUGAUGAGCCGGUAAUACGGGACAGCCGCCACCGCAUCUCCUACUACACAAACACUGAAGGUCAUGUGGUCAGCCACCUGAACAUCAGCCAGACCCAGGUCCCGGAUGGAGGGGUGUAUCGCUGCAUCUGCAAUAACUCAGCAGGGGCCGUCUCCUACCAGGCGCGAAUAAACGUAAGAGGGCCUGCCAGCAUCAGACCGAUGAAAAACCUCACGGCUAUCGCUGGCCGGGACAUGUACAUUCACUGCCGUGUCAUCGGCUACCCUUACUACUCCAUAAAAUGGUACAAGGACUCCAAUUUGCUACCGUACAACCACCGCCAACGGGCCUUCGAGAAUAACGGCACCCUGAAGCUGUUUGACGUUCAGAAGGACGUGGACGAGGGCGAAUACACGUGCAAUGUGCUCGUGCAGCCUCAACUCUCCACACACCAGAGUGUCUAUGUCACUGUGAAAGUCCCACCGACCAUCCACCCGUUUGAGUUUCCUCGGUUUUCCAUCGGCCAGCGAGUCUUCAUCCCCUGCGUGGUCAUGUCGGGUGACCAGCCCGUCGUCAUCACCUGGCAAAAGGACGGGCGGCCCAUCCCGGCCAGCCUGGGCGUAACUAUCGACAACAUUGAUUUCACCAGCUCGCUUCGCAUCUCCAAUCUGACUCUAAUGCACAACGGCAACUAUACAUGCAUCGCACGCAACCAGGCUGCGGCCGUGGAGCAUCAGAGUCAGCUCAUUGUCCGAGUUCCUCCGAAAUUUGUGGUACAACCAAAAGACCAGGAUGGCAUCUAUGGUAAAGCUGUGAUUCUCAACUGCUCCGCUGAAGGCUAUCCUGUUCCUACCAUCCAAUGGGAGUACUCCAAAGGUGCCGGGGUCCCUCAAUUCAAACCCAUCGCUCUCAACUCAGGCUUUCGCAUCGAAGUGCUGGUCAAUGGCUCCUUGCUCAUCAAACACGUGUUGGAAGAAGACAGUGGCUUCUACCUUUGUAGAGUGAGCAAUGACGUUGGAGCUGAUGUCAGCAAGUCGAUGUAUCUCAAUGUCAAAAUUCCCGCCAUGAUCACGUCUUACCCCAACACCACACUGGCCACGCAAGGGGAAGAAAAGAAAAUGAGCUGCACGGCUCAUGGUGAGAAGCCCAUCAUGGUACGCUGGGAGAAGGAAGAACGUAUCAUCAACCCUGAGACCAGUCGCUAUGUGGUUACGGUCAAGGAGGUCGGAGAUGAAGUCAUCUCCACCUUGCAGAUCAUGCCCACAGUGAGGGAAGACUCUGGCUUCUUUUCCUGCCAUGCCAUCAACUCCUUCGGUGAAGACCGAGGGAUCAUACAGCUCACAGUGCAAGAACCUCCUGAUCCCCCAGAGGUGGAGAUCAGAGAAGUGAAGGACAGAACGAUUGCCCUACGUUGGACUAUGGGAUUCGAUGGCAACAGUCCAAUCACAGGCUUUGAUAUUGAAAGCAAGAACAAAUCAGCCUCUUGGGACACCGCUCAGAAGACCAAAGAUGUCUCACCUCAGCUCAACCAGGCCACAAUCAUUGACCUGCACCCAUCCUCCACCUACAACAUCCGCAUGUUUGCCAAGAACCUAAUCGGAAAGAGCGAGGCCAGUAAUGAGCUCACCAUCACCACCGACGAAGCUGCCCCUGACGGACCCCCUCAGGAUGUGCAGUUGGAAGCCCUCUCUUCUCAGAGCAUCAAAGUUUCCUGGAGGGCUCCUAAGAAACAUCUCCAGAAUGGUGCAAUCAAAGGUUACCAAGUAGGCUACAGAGAGUACAGCUCGGGUGGAAACUACCAGUUCAGCGUAAUUAGCGUGGAGACAACGGGUGACAAUGCAGAAAGUUUAGUGCUGGACAAUCUCAAGAAAUUCACCCAGUACGGCGUUGUGGUGCAAGCCAGCAACAGUGCAGGCACUGGGCCAUCUUCCACUGAGGUGGCUGCUACUACACUGGAGGAUGUUCCAAGUCGUCCUCCAGAACACGUCCAAGCCACUGCUACGUUUCCAGAGGUCAUCUCCCUCUCCUGGUUGACCCCUCCUAAAGAUGCUCUGAAUGGCAACUUGCUGGGCUUCAGGGUUAUCUACUGGGCCAAUCUGCCCGAUGGAGAGCUUGGAGAGAUCAGGAAUGUCACAUCUUCCAAGCCGUCACUGGAGUUGGACGGGUUGGAGAAAUACACCAACUUCAGCAUCCAGGUGUUAGCCUUCACCCGAGCGGGUGAUGGUGUACGUAGUGAACAAAUUUACAUCCGCACCAAGGAGGACGUCCCUGGUCCUCCUGGUGGUGUGAAGGCAGCAGCUGCUUCCAACUCAGUGGUGUUUGUAUCAUGGCUUCCUCCUCUCAAAGUGAACGGCAUCAUCAGGAAAUACACUGUUUUCUGCUCCAACCCACACCCCACGGUCAGCAGUGAGUUUGAAGCAGCACCAGAUGUGUUCUUCUACCGGAUCCCCAACCUGAGCAGAAACCGGCAAUACAGCAUCUGGGUGGUGGCCGUCACCGCUGCCGGCCGUGGAAACGCCAGCGAAAUUAUCACUGUUAAACCCAUGGCGGAAGCUCCAGCACGCAUCUUGACCUUCAACAGGACAGUCACGACACCCUGGAUGAAAGACAUUGUGUUGCCCUGUAAGGCGGUUGGGGAUCCUUCUCCAACGAUCAAGUGGUUGAAGGAGAUCAACGGAACCCCUGCACCUGUUGUGAUUGACAGCCGGCGCAGUGUCCAUGGUAACGGCAGCCUUGUUAUUCGGACAGUGAAAGCAGAGGACUCUGGGAACUAUACUUGUGUCGCUAGCAAUAGCUUCGGCUCCGAUAAGAUCGUCCUCAACCUGCAGGUUCAAGUUCCACCUGACCAGCCUCGCCUCACAGUGACCAAGACAACCACAACUUCCAUCACGCUGUCUUGGAUACCUGGAGACAAUGGUGGCAGCUCCAUAAGAGGCUACAUUUUGCAAUAUUCCGAGGACAACAGCGAACAGUGGGGCAACUUCGCCAUCAGCCCGAGUGAGCGCUCCUACCGGUUGGAGAACCUCAAGUGCGGCACCUGGUACAAAUUCACUCUGACGGCCCAGAAUGGCGUUGGGCCCGGACGCAUAAGUGAGAUCAUUGAAGCAAAGACACAUGGCAAAGAACCUCAGUACUCCAAAGAACAGGAGCUCUUUACCAGUAUUAAUGCCACUCGAGUAAAGCUCAAUCUCAACGGCUGGAACAACGGCGGAUGCCCGAUCACCUCUUUCACGUUGGAGUAUCGGCCAAUGGAGUCGCCGUCAUGGACCACGGCACAGCGCACCUCCCUCACCAAGAGUUACAUCCUCUACGACCUGCAGGAGGCAACCUGGUAUGAGCUGCAGAUGAAAAUCUACAACAGCGCUGGCUACGCUGAGAAGAGGGUCAAGUUUGCCACACUCAGCUAUGAUGGCAGCACCAUUGCUCCACUGGUGAAGGCACCCAAUGUGAGUGAGGACACCUCUGGCGGCGGCGAAGGUUUGAAGAUGAUGGUGACCAUUUCCUGCGUGCUGGUGGCAAUUGUCGUCAUCUUCAUCGGACUGCUGGUACUGCGGAGGAGAAGACGAGAGCAGAGGUUGAAGAGACUCCGAGAUGCAAAAAGUUUGGCUGAGAUGCUCAUGAGUAAAAACACACGACCGGCCGAACCAGUCAACAAACAACAGCAAACCCUCCGAAUGCACAUCGACAUUCCCAGGGCUCAGCUUCUGAUCGAGGAGCGAGACACCAUGGAGACUGUUGGUAAGCGCCACACAAACAUAAAUAAUCAAUUCCACGAGCUUGCCCUUAUUACUUAUUACUUCUCCGCAGACGACAGGUCCACCGUCUUGCUGACCGAUAACGACUUUGGGGAAACACAGAAACAAAAGUCAUCCACAGUCACCCACACUGUCCAUUACCAGUCCCUCUCCCAGGCCACCGGUCCUCUGGUAGACGUGUCUGAUGCCAGACCAGGAACCAAUCCGACCGCCCGCCGCACAGCCAAAGCCGGACCGGCUGCUCGUAACCGCUACGCCAGUCAAUGGACCCUGAACCGCCCACAUCCUCCAGUCUCCUCCCACACGUUAAGCACCGACUGGAGGCUGCCCACGCCAAGAGUGGCAGGCUCCGUCGACAAGGAGAGUGACAGCUACAGUGUCAGCCCAUCUCAGGAUACCGACCGUGCUCGGAGCAGUAUGGUGUCAACGGAGAGCGCUUCGUCCACCUACGAGGAACUGGCCAGAGCCUACGAGCACGCCAAGAUGGAGGAGCAGCUGCGCCACGCCAAGUUCACCAUCACCGAAUGCUUCAUCUCCGACACGUCCUCGGAGCAAAUGACCGCCGGUACCAACGACUACACCGACAGCCUGACGUCCAGCACGCCGUCCGAAUCGGGCAUCUGCCGCUUCACUGCUUCCCCGCCCAAGCCUCAGGACGUCAGCCGGGUCAUGAACAUGGCCGUGCCCAAGGCCCACAGACCGGGCGGCGAGUUGGUUCACCUCCCCCCGUACCUGCGCAUGGACUUCCUGUUAAACCGAGGCAUGUCCUGCUCAGGCUCAUCCAGGGGAACGGCGAGCGGAGAGCGAGCGGCCAUGGGCCAGGCCUGUCUGGAGCCCCAGAAGAGUCGCUCGCUGAAGCGGCCCUCCCGCAUGGCGCCCCCGACACCCACAGAGGCCCCUCAGGCCAGCAGGGACCCAGCGGCCCAGUGGCAGCCCGGCUCAGCCGCCACGCUCCCCCACAGAGAGGGCUCCGAGCUGGCCCAGGCCGCCAAGCUCAGCACCUCCCAGGAGUCCCUGCUGGACUCGCGAGGACAUCUCAAACAGACCACCAAUCCCUACGCAAAGUCCUACACGCUGGUAUAACAGCAGGGGGGGAGGGGCCUGGCUCUUGGACGAGACUAGAAUUCACUCUAACACUGGACUUAACACUCAAGUGCAGUAAAUUGACUCACCACACAGUUCUGUAAAUAUGCCCGAGAAGGGGCGGUAACUUUUACUAAUCUACUUUUAUUUAUUUUAGAACUUCCUUUUCAUCUCCUCUUUGUAUUUCUUUUCUUUUCUUUUUUUUUUUUUCACUUGAAAAUGACAAAAUAAAUAAUUCACUCAUCAGAAUUGGUUGCACCCAGAGUGUUGCCAAACUAAUUGAGUAACGGGGAACGUUAUUUACUCUUCAUUAUUGUCCGUUCUUUAUAAUUGAUGAGUGAUUAUUACUAAUUGUUAGUUGACAUCCAUUAAUAAUCAUUAAAAUGGAUUACCAUAGCAACAAUGUUUUCAUAAUAACUUUUUUUUUUGGUGAUUUUUUUUCUGGAGUGGAAAAUGAGAAUGAGAAGUCAUUUUUUUCCUAUGGAAUAUCACGGAAUGAAACUUGGAACAAAAGAAAUUGACACCCGUUCGUUCACUUUUCAGCUGCUCUCAAAUUGUUACUUUUUUUGGAAGAAAAAAAAAAAAAA